GUUUGAAUCGCGCUGUGGCCACUCUCACUCUGUCACUGUUACACCAAGGCAGCCAGCACCACCUCCACCGCCACUCUGAAGGAAGAGCUUCAUCACCAGCAGCAGCAGCAGCAGCAGCAGCCAGAGCUAUGGACGACAACGUAGAGGACUGCCCUGUGUGCCUCAACACCUUUGACGACACCCACAGGCGGCCACGCAACCUGCCGUGUGGGCAUACACUUUGCACGCCGUGCAUUAAUGAACUGAAGGAGCAGGGUGCCGUCACGUGCCCCACGUGCAGGGUGAGUCACGCCCUGCCUGAGGCCGGCCAGUUCCCUAUCUCCUAUAUCACAGAGGCCUUUAUCAGGAAGAUGAGAGGUGCAGGACUGGCCUGUGUGGCACCCAAGCCAGAAAAGCAGCUGACAGCUCCGGCAGCAGUGACACAGCCUGCACCAAGGGCCACAGCGGGACUCAGCAAGAGGACACGGUCCCUGCUGCAGGAGCAAGAGGCAAGGUCCUGGCCGCCAUCCGCUCCUGCCAGGAGGAGCAGAGCCAGCUGGCAGACUACCGGACAACCCUGGGUGGGUGGUGUGGCCGCCAGCAGCAGCUGGAGGACGACCUCCAGACGCUGGUGGACCAGAGCAAGGGUGCCCGGGAGGCGAUAAGCCGCGAGGACUCCCGCGUGGAGGGCAGGCAGGAGAAGGUGCGGCAGAGAGAGGAGGCGCUGCACGCCAUGCUGCAGGAGCUGCGCACUCCAUCAACACGACAGGAAGCUUACGAGGUGAUUGAGGAUGCAGACCAUCUGCUGGAGGAGGAGGAGGAGGAGGAGGAGAGGGCGGCAGUGUUUCCUGAUGUCCACGUGGUCACCACCGUCACCAGGGUUGCAGAGUCAUCCCGUUCAGCCCUGCAGGCCGCUGCCCUGCAGGCCACACAG